AUGACAAUUAAUACAAAGAACAUAGUCGUUGUUGGGGCUGGUGUGUUUGGUGUGUCUGUGGCGAACCACCUGUACAGGGAAUUAGGUGGAACAUAUGCUGUAAAGCUCGUCACUGUAUCUGAUCACGUGUAUUUUCUACCCUCAGCUGUGCGUUUGACCAUUUCAAAGGAUUAUACCAAGUCGAUCCUACCGUUAAAAAGUGUUCUUGAUGAUGGCGUUGAGGUUAUCAAAGAUGCUGCUGCCAGCUUUGAUGUUAAGAGGGUAGUUUUGGAAUCAGGUGGCGCCAUAGAGUUUAGUAUUUUGAUCCUUGCAACAGGCUCGAAAUGGUCUGAUCCAAUAGGUUCAACUUACACCUUUAGAGAUAACUAUGAAGAGUACUUUGAAAGAGAAUCUUCUCGAAUCUCAGAUGCCAAUCAUAUACUUUUCCUUGGCGGUGGCUUUGUUAAUUGUGAACUAGUUGGCGAAUUGUUAUCCAAGUAUUCAGACGAGAUCAGAUCUGGAAAAAAGCACAUUUCCAUUAUUCACAAUUCUGAUAAGCUGCUGCCUGGUUCUGGCUUGUAUAACGAUACAUUAAGAAAAAAUGUGACAGACUACCUCUCGAACAAUGGUAUCACGUUGUAUUUGAACACAGUAGGGGCUUCUUCCGACGCCUCGCCAAACCGUAUCUUUUUAGGCGAGGGCUCAUCGAAAUAUAUAGAUGCUGAUUUGAUUUACAAAGGCGUUGGAAUUUCACCAAAUGUGCCAGUCAACUGUAUUGCGAACCUUUGUGAUAAGAAAGGGUUCAUUCAGGUUGAAAAGAACUUCAGAGUGAACGCUGUUGAGGCAGGAAACGUUUUUGCUAUUGGUGAUGUUACAAAUUUCAGAUAUCAUGGAUUGGUUAAAAGGGACAAUUGGGUUGACGUUUUGACCCGUAAUGUUAUGACUUUUUUACAAGAAGGAACAGAAGCUAGUCUAGUUGAUGCAGAUUGUCUUGACUCAGGUCAUGCUCCAACUGGUGUCUCACUUGGGCCAAAUGCAGGUUUUGGCCAAUUCCCACUGCCAUUAUUCGGGACGGUCAAUAUCCCAUCCUUUUUAAUUUCUAGGGCAAAGUCGAGGGAUCUUUUCUCUAACAAAAUGGAACCUUUGUAUAAGAAGUAG